CUUCACCUUCCCUCUCGCCGCAUCCCUCUCAAUACCUACUACACAAGCCGCAUCUCAAUAUCCUUCUCAACAACCAUGGCAAAUCUAACCAUCUACCGAUUGCUGUUACUACUACUGCUCUCUUCCUUUGUUCUAGCCAUAGCCGAUGCCUCAACCUACCACACCAGCGUCACCAUCGACGACCUUCGUCCCAACUCCCUCCUCUUCGAGAUCAGCGGCAAGUGCAGGGAACAGAUCCAACAACAAGACCUCAGCAGCUGCGAGCAGUACUUCACUCAAGGUGGAGGACGCGACCACGUGCGUCGCGCCGCCCAUCCCCUCAUCCGAAGGAUCGUCCUCAACACCGAUCCCGCAGAGAAAUGCUGCCGCCAACUUAACGAGAUGGACAAGAGGUGCCACUGUGAGGCCAUGGUGGAGAUUGUGGAGCAGCAGCUGGAAAAGGCGGCGGAGGCGGAGGGCGACGAUUGGAUGAAGAUAUACCAGCGGGCUGCAGAGCUGGUGGAUCAGUGCGGUACCGAUCCUAGCUGCCUGGAAGAAGAAAAAGUCACGAUGCAUAUGAAUAGGCACAGGAGGAACGGCGGAAGCUGCCGCGAGCAAAUCGAGAGACAGGACCUCAGCGAGUGCGAAAGGCACCUCACGGAGGGUAUCCGCGGGGUAGAUCGGCUUCGGCAGAACACGCACCUCCUAAAGGGGUGCUGCAAGCGGCUGGAGAGGUUAGACGAGAGGUGCCAGUGCAAGGGAAUAGAGGAGAUAGUGCGUCGGCAGCGGGAGAGAUGGGAAGGCGAGGAGGAAGAGUUGGGAGAGUUGACGCGAAGGGCGAGGGAGCUGCCAGACGCCUGCGAUUUACGUGCCAGCUGCCAAAUCUGAAAACUUCGAGAGGAGAGGAAGGGAGGGAGAGGAAAGGACCUGUAAUAAAAUAGUUCAUCACCUUCAUGAAUCAUCGUUGGCCUAAUAUGGUAUCGAAAGAUUGGAGUGAUGAAUAUGUAAUGUUGUAAUAACAACACACAUGAUCGUGUGUGAGUGCGUGAUGUCGAAUCUUGUUUUUAUUUGUAGCUUUUAAGUUCUAAAAUAUUGCAGACUUUUGGUUAA